CCUUCAUACCCACACCUCUUAUAUAUACAUGUCCAUCCAGCAAGUGCUUCAAGAUUCCCAUCAGUACUACUGUUCACUUCUGUUCAAUUUUGUUAUGGAUAUUCGAUAGGGUGUAUCAAAAUGGGAUUCUAUUCCUUCGUCAAGGAUGACCGGUUCAUUGCCGUUAGCCUCGGCCUGAGCACCAUCGGCUUCUUUUUCGGUAUGCGAACAAUCCUCGAAUACUACCGAGAUGAAGCUGAGAUCAAACCCACGCCGCCAAAGACCCAGUAUAUCACCCAAGAGACAGAAGACUCGCUCAAACAGGAUACCCUCGAGAGUUUACUUAAUCACUAUAACUUUGCGAUACGAGACACCGCCUUGAAGAUUAUUGCUGGCCGGGCUAUUAACGAUAGCUCGGCCAUUUACCAGCUUCUAUGGGGGAUCACUCGUGAGAAUUAUGAGGAACGUAUGGAAGCUUUAAGAGCGCUCACUUUUGCCGUGGAAGAUAAGGAUGCAUUCCAGGAACCGUUUACCGCACUCAAUACCCCGAAAGCCUACAGUGCGCUGGUUAGGUCACUCGAGUUAUGCCUUGGCGACGCAGAACACGAAAAGCUUGACGAUCCGUUGUAUGACGAAUAUUACCUCCGAGACAUUUGUGAACGGCGCUGUCUCAUUCUGGUCUCCCAACUAGUCCAUCGGUACGGCGUCAAUAGGUUGGUCGAAGCUGGAUUUGUUGAGAAGUGGUUGGCGAAACAACCAUGGGGCGAUGACGUCGAAGAAAGGCAGAAAAACUUUGCGAUGUACACGGAACGAAGGAAGAAUCGCAUAAGUGACAUCUGCUUUCAUCUUAGCACGGCGCAAGUUGGGCGGACGGCUUUGUAUAAGGCAAAGCUGAUCAAUAAGAAGAGGAGGAGGAGGGGAGGGGAAAGAUCCGAUAUUAAAAUCGUGCUCGAAAUCUGUGUAGACGAAGGCGAUCGCGAGCGAUCCGAACUUGUUCCCCGCGUGAACGAGCAAAGCGCCGAGGAGCAACGUUUACGCAGAAGACACCGAGAAGCUAUGGUACUGAACGACGGGACACAUUCUCUAGGUCGCAGCGAUAUUAUCGAGCGGGAACAUGAUUCUAACAGUUGAAUGUUGCCUGCUCUUUAUCACCGAAUCGCAAUAUCUCGGGGUGUCGCUUGGCCCAAACGUCGCUAGUCUUAUUAGACUGCAUAUUGCCUAGCAUCCUCACCGAUGGCGUGCAUUGCUCGGGCCUUCAUGCGAGAUCUGAAUGCUAGGUUCCUACACCAAGGUGGUUGGACUUUGGCUGGCAUUGAAUAUUCAUAGGCCAAGCUUAUAUAUACUACGAUCGUACUAGGUAUACGUUUGGAGGAACUUAUGCUAUUGCCGCACGACGUUUUAAACAUCCCACCCUUCUCUAAGUAAAUCGGAGCCCCUUCUCGACUAAAUCGACUGAUAUCCUGAAUUUGUUGAAAACGACAAUGGAAGACCCUUGCGUGGCUAGGGUCUCGCCAAUUAGUGGUCAGAUGCCUUUCAUUCGCACCGCGGUACUUGUAUAUGCCUAGCUACUACACUCGAGAAUCCAUUAUUGAUGAAUAAAAAA